GAGCUGAAAAGAUUUUGAGUGGAAAUGGCUGCACUAGCUUCCUCCUCCCCGCACCUGAUAUUACACCGUUUUAUCCUUCGCCGACCCACCCCUCCGUUUAUCCAUUCAGUAUUAACUUCCCGAGUCAGACAAUUAUGCCUUCCCCUCAGAACCACGCUGUGUUUCAACUCCUCUCGCGUCUCCAGUCGCUCCCUCUUCUCGUCUUUGGCUCCUCCGUGCUCUCUGUCGCAGCAACUGGAAAACGACUUUGCUUUGUUCGAGAAUGAGCAAAUCGAAUCAGUACGGGAAACUGAUACGAUAACUGCUGCUGUCGCUAGCACCGAUGGUUUGAAGAAUUCAAAUCUGGGGGUUAAUAAAACCCCGCUGCCGAGUCUUACUGUAAAGGAGAAGAAGGAGUUGGCUUCGUAUGCUCAUAGUUUGGGGAAAAAGCUAAAGUCACAGCAGGUUGGAAAAUCGGGUGUUACUGACACAGUUGUUACGGCGUUGAUUGAAACGCUUGAAGCGAAUGAGCUUCUCAAGCUGAAAGUACAUGGAACUUGUCCUGGAGAGUUAGAAGACGUGGUGAAGCAAUUAGAGGAAACCACUGGUUCUGUUGUAGUAAGUCAAAUUGGAAGAACCGUGAUUCUUUACAGGCCCAGCCUGACCAAGCUAAAAGCAGAAGAGAAAAAGAAACAGGCUCAAAGACUUUAUUUGAAAAGGCAAACAGUGGCAGCACAAUCGCCUCAGAGUGAAAGGCCAGGACAAGGACCUAGAAGACAAUACGGUCGCCGACGAGGGAGUAGCAGAUAUUGAGCAGUGGUUGCUAUGUCGCCUGUCCUUGUCGCUUUUGAGGUUGCGGGUUUUAUGCUUGUAGUCAGGUUCUUGGAUUUAUAAAUAGCAAAAUGAGUUGAUUUGGAUCUUAAAAGUCGGCGGAAUAUAUCCACAAUGCUUGCAUGGGGGAUGUUUGGAGAGUCCAUUAAUCGAGUGGAUGUCAUUUACAACUUCUGAAUGGGGAAUGGUUUUGAGAGUCUAGGGAUUGAGCUGAAGCAUUGUUCUACAAAAUUUCCUGCAUUGAUUUUCAGAAAGGUUCACAAUAAUGUUAGAACGGAAUCAUGAUUUAUGCA